CACGAGGAGCACGAAGAGAAAGAACCGCAGCUGCGCGCACUCGGGAACGCGCAUAGACACUAAAUCCGCUAGAUUACUAAACCCGUUUCACACCAAGGGAAGGAUUACUGUUUUCUUGUACCGUUUAAGAUAAUGUUAAUGUACGGACCAACUGUACCCGUUUAGCCUCAAGGAAACUAAUGAAUUAUUCUGUGGAAUACAACUAUUUGGGAGGACGCCUUACUCUUCAUUUGUUUUCUUUUGGUUGAGAAAGAACCGCACAGGGUUGUCGGGCCAGUGGGUCGUCAGGAGUUGGAACAACGACGAGCUUCACUUACUACUUUGCAUUAAAAUAAAGUGUUGUUUAGGCGGAUAUUCAAUGCUAGGACACGUCUACGUCAACCGUUAGCUAUUUAUUUCGGGGUUUACAAUGACCCAGAGAGAAAGAGCUAUUAUCUGGACCGGCCAAAACAGUGUCAAAGGCUAGGCUAGGUUUUUAUACUAACUAUUAUGAAAGCUACGUUACACUCUAUUACAUUCUGUGCUUACCGAGCGGAUAUUAAUAACUAAUGAGACACAUAUUAUUUCAAAGACUUAUGCUGAAGUGAACUGUUCAAGGAAACCAACACUACUUUGGCGUUUUCAAGUUGAAUUCCUUUGUCAACUCGCGAAUUGAAUGACUAGGGUUUCAGCAUGUCCUUUUUUAAUUUCCGUAAAAUAUUUAAACUGGGAUCUGAGAAGAAGAAGAAACAGUAUGAACACGUGCGCAGAGAUGAAAAUCCAGAGGAAGUAUGGGACAUAAUCGGUGAAUUGGGAGAUGGAGCCUUUGGCAAAGUGUUCAAGGCUCAAAACAAACAGACGGGAAUUCUAGCUGCAGCCAAAGUUAUUGACACAAAGACCGAGGAGGAGUUGGAGGACUACAUGGUGGAGAUUGACAUCCUGGCCUCCUGCGACCACCAAAACAUUGUCAAACUGCUCGACGCUUUCUAUUAUGAGAGCAAACUCUGGAUCCUCAUCGAGUUCUGUGGAGGAGGGGCUGUGGAUGCAGUCAUGCUCGAACUGGAGAGGCCCCUGACAGAGCCUCAGAUCCGGGUGGUGUGUAAGCAGACUCUGCAGGCUCUCGUCUACCUCCAUGACAAUAAAAUCAUCCACAGAGACCUGAAGGCUGGCAAUAUCCUUCUCACACUGGACGGUGACGUCAAGCUGGCGGACUUUGGUGUGUCUGCCAAAAACACCAAAACCCUGCAGAGGAGAGACUCUUUCAUUGGAACGCCUUACUGGAUGGCUCCAGAGGUGGUGAUGUGCGAGACGUCCAAAGACCGUCCAUACGACUACAAGGCUGAUAUCUGGUCCCUCGGGGUCACUUUGAUUGAGCUGGCACAGAUCGAGCCUCCCAAUCACGAGAUGAACCCCAUGAGAGUCCUGCUGAAAAUAGCCAAGGCGGAUCCUCCGACCCUGAUGCAGCCAUCACGCUGGUCCCCAGAAUUCAGUGAUUUCUUAAGGCGGUGUCUGGACAAGCACGUGGACAACAGAUGGACUCCGACUCAACUUCUACAGCAUCCCUUUGUGUCCAGUGUGACAGACAGCAGGCCUUUGAGGGAGCUCAUAGCUGAGGCCAAGGCCGAGGUCACAGAGGAGAUUGAAGAAGACCACAAAGAGGAAGAAGAAGAGGAAGAGACAGAAGCACACCUGGGACACAAACGCGCCCCCUCCGACGUCAGUGUCGCCAGCUCAGAGGAUGAGAAGAUCCCCCUCUCUCCCUCCAGCUUGGAAUCCGUCCCUGAGAAGAUUGAGCCGAUUGUGCCCGUGCCCACACCCACUGAGCUCCCCGUGGCCAACCACGUGGUGGACACCGGCUUCGUGGAGGAGGAGGAGGAGGCGGCGGCGGCUGCCCCUGAACCUGAGGAGCACACGGAGGAGACUCCAAACACUCCAGCUGAGGAUGCCGACGGAGAGGUAGAACAGAAACCAGUGGAGGAAAAGCCUCCAGAAGCAGGGGAAGAUGUCGCCUCCACACAGCCAGAACCAGAGGCUGAACCAGAGGCACCUGCGAAGGAAAUGCAGCAGCUGGAGAUCGCAGUGGAGGAUGAAAAGGAAGUGGACACAGCCGAGGUUCCAGCCAAUCCACAGGCCAGCACAGAGAGUCCUGAGGUCACAGAGGUUCCUCCGGAGGAGAAGAUGGCUGUUGUGGAGGAAUCAAACGCACCAGCAGAAGAAGAAGAAGAAGAGGAGGAGGAGGAGGACCGGUACAAAAAUCUCAAGGUGACGUUGACACUACCAGAGCUAGAUAAAGGUGUCCCAAAAGAGGAGAAUGGAGACAAGCCCACAGAAAAGGAGAGCAUAAAUGCAGAGGAUGAGAAGAUGGUUCCAGACAAAGCUAAGGAUGACAAAGAGAGAGAUUCCGACUCGGGGAGGGGCUCAGCCGCAGACACCAGCAGUGUAGACCUGAAUCUGUCUAUCUCAAGCUUUCUGUCCAAAACAAAAGAGCCUGGAUCUGUUUCCAUACAGGACAACAAGCGUCAGAAGAAGACGUUGAAAAAGACUCGCAAAUUCAUUGUGGAUGGAGUGGAAGUUAGCGUGACUACAUCGAAGAUCAUCACUGACAAUGAUACCAAGAACGAGGAGAUGCGAUUCCUGAGACGCCAGGAGCUGAGGGAGCUGCGUCUCCUGCAGAAGGAGGAGCAGAGGGCCCAGCAGCAGCUCAGCAACAAGCUGCAGCAGCAAAAAGAGCAGCUGUACCGCCGCUUUGAACAGGAGACCACAAGUAAGAAGCGUCAAUACGACCAGGAGGUGGAGAACCUGGAGCGGCAGCAGAAGCAGACCAUCGAGAGGCUGGAGCAGGAGCACACCAACCGGCUCAGGGAAGAGGCCAAACGCAUCAAAGCCGAGCAGGAAAAGGAACUCUCCAAGUACCAAAACAUGCUGAAGAACCGCAAGAAAGAGGAACAGGAGUUCCUUCAGAAGCAGCAGCAGGAUCUGGACAGCGAUCUGAAAAAGAUUAUCCAGCAGCACAAACACGAGCUCGCCACUAUCGAGAGGGACUGCCUGAACCACAAGCAGCAGCUGCUCCGAGCACGGGAGGCUGCCAUGUGGGAGCUGGAAGAGCGCCAUCUGCAGGAGAAACACCAGCUGUUCAAACAGCAGCUCAAGGACCAGUACUUCAUGCAGAGACAUCAGCUGCUCAAGAGACACGAGAAGGAGAUGGAGCAGAUGCAGCGCUACAACCAGCGUCUGAUCGAGGAGAUGAAGAACAAGCAGACCCAGGAGAGAACCAGACUGCCCAAGAUUCAGCGCAGCGAGGCCAAGACCCGCAUGGCCAUGUUCAAGAAGAGCCUUCGCAUCACCGCCGCUGUCAUCACCCCCGAGCAGGAGAGGGAGAAAGUCAAGCAGUUUGCAGCCCAGGAAGAGAAGAGGCAAAAGAACGAGAGGCUCCAUCAGCAUCAGAAACAUGAAAACCAGAUGAGAGACCUGCAGCUGCAGUGUGACGCCAACAUCCGAGAGCUGCAGCAGAUGCAGAACGAGAAGUGCCACCUGCUCAUCGAACACGAGACCCAGAAGCUGAAGGAGUUGGACGAGGAGCACAGCCAGGAGCUGAAGGAGUGGAGGGAGAAACUACGGCCCAGGAAGAAGGCCCUGGAGGAGGAGUUUGCCAGGAAGCUGCAGGAACAGGAAGUGUUCUUCAAGAUGAGCGGAGAGUCCGAGUGCCUCAACCCCUCCAGCCAGAGCCGCAUCUCCAAGUUCUACCCGAUCCCCAGCGUCCACUCCACUGGUUUCUAGUUGAAACCUACGUACACACGCACAGACAUUACACACACUUGACAUAUACACAGUGCACACGGGACAUUAGGACACACACACACACACACACACACGCACACACACACCGACAGUGACGACCGAGCCUGUGCUGCCUUGCUCUCAUCCUCUGAGAACUGUUGGAGGGUGUACGAAGCAUUUCCGUUUCUGGACCAUGUUCCUCAGUCUGCAGCUCUGCUCUGCAGACGCCCUCAUUUUUGCUCAUUUUAUCAUAUUUCCACACCGUUGCAGGUGUUUCGAAGGAGAACUAUGAAGGAGAUUUUUAGAUUCGGUGUUUCGGCCCUCACCACAAAACCAUUAAAGUGAAGUAUCUCUCUUUGCCCAACCUUCUUUUUGUGAUUUGAAUUGUUUUUUUAUAAAGAAUCCAGUGCCUGUAGAAUUUGAUCUGUUUGGCUUUUAAAUCCAAGCAAUUUUUGUGAAGUAUUUGCUGCUCAGUUUUUCUCUCAUUUAGACAUUUGCACUAAAGGAGGAAAUAGCAUCGUUACACCACUUAAAAAUGCCGUUGAUGGUUUCAUUUGGUUAGAUAUGAAAUAGCAGCCUUAUUGUUUAUAGUUGAUCGUACAGUAGAAUGUAUUUCUGAUGAAGGAGACGGAGCACACUUCUAAUAUCACUCGUGUUGAAGGAAUGGUGAUACAGUAUAGUUUGUAUUAAAUUGCAUAACUCUGUGUUAGAAUUGUAGCGUGUGAUGGAUAAGAGGUUAAAUAAUGCAUGAUUUCAGGAACUCAGCAGAAAUGAUUCCUUCUUUCAGGGUUUUUUUCUUCAGAAUGCCUUCCUUGCGUUGCAUACGGUAGAGAUGGUGUUUCCGUACAGAGACAAAGGGUCACCGUUGAUUGGACACUAAGGAAUUCACAACGGUGACAGAAACAAAAGACUGUCCAACAAGCAUUGGUGUAGCCGUUUUUUGGACCGGGGUUUUAUUUUUUUUAGGUAACACCACUUUAUUAUUGUCGAGCAAGAAACGAUCUAUAGGAGAGGUAUUCAGGGAUGAAUAAAGAAUGCAAUUUUUCAUUGAUGAUGAUUCUGGAAAUGAUAUAACCUUUUUGUAAGUUUCUAGAUCCAGUGUCAGGGGAAACUGAAGAAGCAAAUUCAACCUACAAGCAGCUUCCAGUCCAUUUAAACAAACAAUAACUGAAUCUGCAGUGACACCUGAUGAUGCAUCCUUUGUAUUUGCUUUGGUUUUUCUUCACAUGCCUCCUCGUUUGCUACCAGGUGUAUCGUGGAUGGGCCUGCGUGGCGUUUCUUCUUUUAAAUGAAAUACUGAUUUGUUGUCGUGCUAGCUAAUAGCCUUAAUACUUGAGAACAGCUGUAUCUAUAUACUGUCUACCCGAUAUCUUUAAAUAUUUUGUUCAGACUCUAGGUGUUGUGCCAGUUUACCAACUUAAAUGUUUUGAUGACCGUGUGAAGCAAAUGAACUAUUUCCCAAUGAUUGCAUCUGUAUUCAAAGAAAGAAACGGAACAUGAGCUCUUAGCAUUUAGUUUUAUGUGGGCUGAUGUAUUGUCAAUGAUGUCAAAGCUAUCUGGUAUUUGAUGCAGUUGUAAAAAAAACAAGAUGGAUUUGACUGGUUUAGGCCAUCUUGACUCGUGAUUGGUUCAUUUUAUCAUCUCAUUUUCUUUGAUUGGCUAUUGAGAGUUACGGUUAGUCAAAGGUAUUUAAUAACUGAACUUUUAUGUAAAAAAAUUGCAAUGGAGUGCUGUGCACAUUUUACAAAACUUUCUCAGCUAGCUAUUUAUAUAAAAAAAAAAAACACUGCAGCGCCCGUACUAGAGCUCAUUUACUCAGUGGAGGUUUGCAGCGUACAGAAAUAGAAUUCCAAAGUCCAAUCUGUUAGUUCUUGUUCUGUUGGUCAGUUAGAUUCUACAAAAAUU